UGUCUAGACCACGUCUGUCUCAGUUACUUUCCGGACUUCUGGUUGAUAACAUUCGAUUCCACCAUGAGUGACGGAGGACGAUCUAGAGUAUUGGAGUUUUACCGGGACUCGACGGUGCUGAUUACCGGUGCGAGCGGUUUUGUAGGUCAAGUGCUGCUGGAGAAAAUUCUGCGCACUCUGGAAGUCCGCAAGGUGUACGUUAUGAUUCGCUCCAAACGGAACGUGAGUGCGGAAGAUAGACUGCGGAAAUUGUUGGAGGGACAAUUGUACGAAAGGAUUCACAGCGAUCCGGCGAAGUUCGGUGAGAUGAAAGGCAAAAUAGUUCCUGUGGAAGUUUGUUUGUGGGAUCAGGAAGGGUUGGUUAGUGAUCUGAUAAGUAACGAGCUCCUGGAGGAGGUUGAAGUUGUGUUCAAUCUGUUGGCUUCGGUGAAUUUCAACGAACCUCUUGAUUGUGCCCUGAAAACAAACGUAGAAUAUACCGAUCGGUUACUCAAGUUUGUCGGUCAAAUGAAGCGGUUGAAAUCCGUGAUUCAUGUGUCGACGUUUUACUCGAACUGUGACAAGUGCUUCAUUGAAGAAAAAAUCUAUGACGACAUAGGAUUCGGUGGCUAUGAAAACGUAAUGAAUAUCGCCUCCAAACUGGAUGACGCCGAAAAGCAGCUGUUGACUCGGCACCUGAUUGGAAAAUUCCCAAACACUUACACUUUUAGCAAAAAAUGUGCGGAAGUUUUGAUUCUAGAUCGAUUCUCCGCCCUUCCAAUAGGAAUAUUUCGACCUCCGAUAGUGAGUUCCACCUACCGCGAACCGGUUCCUAGUUGGAUAGAUAAUUUCAACGGUCCGUCCGGCAUGGUUGUCCCACUAUCCGAAGGACUGUACAGUGCGGCAUUGGUGGAUUCUCGAAAGCGUCCGUUCAUUGUUCCGGUGGAUUAUUGUGUCAACGCGCUCCUCACCUGUGCCGUAGAUGUUGUACUGCAGCGUUCCCGGGGUACGCUGAUUCCAGUCUACAACUACACCGACUCCAGCUGCAAUCUCACCUGGGGAGAAAUUAUCGGUCGUUUCUUCCAAGGGCUCCCGCUAGGAAAACGUUUACUCGCAACCUAUUUCACCGGAACAAUAACACGCUACCCUCUGCACUAUGCUGUGUGCAAGCGAAUAAUGUACCUUCAGGGCUAUCUGCUGGAUUCCGUGCGAAGGAUUCGCGGGAGAAAAGCCAUAAUGGGACAGAUUUUCGACAAAAUGGUCAACCUAAGCGAGGUGUUGCGAUUUUUCUGCGUGAACGAGUGGCGAAUGGAAAAUGGCAACGUUCGGCGGAUGUGCGCCGGAGCAACCGCCCUGGAAUCACGUUUGUUCCCCUUCGAUCUGGCGGAAGUCGAUUGGGAUCAGUAUUACAGGAACUUUGUUCCCGGUGUGGUGAAGUACGCGAUAGAACCUCGGAAAGUUAGGAAUAGUGCAAGACAGGUGGGAAAUUCGAGCCGGAGCUCGGGCUCGCUGUAUUUGGUGUGGACUUUUUUGUUUCAAAACCUGAUAAAAUUCUUUAAAUUUAUGUUUAAGCAUCAAUAACUGUGACUCUGUGAGUAACACUCAAGUGCGAAACAAAAGGUUUCGGUAGGUGGUAUCGUACAAAGUCUUUACUGUAUUUAUCUUCUAUUCUAACAGAAGGUGCUCCUCUGUUUUAUUUUCUUUUAUGCAUAUUUUCUAGCAUGCCGAAUUCAAAGUUCUUUCAACUACAAUACCCGUGGUC